UUUCGACUGCUGUACUUUUUGGUGCAUUACGUUUGGUGCCAAAACGUUUUUGGGUUUCAAUUUUCAAAACCCUCUCGAAAUAUUGACCUCGCCAAUCCUCGUUAAUCUUCCUCUGGAAGCUCUCUCUCUCUCUCUCUCAACAUCGCUGCCUGCUGGCUUCGUCUUCGUCUUCGUUUUCGUCUUCGUCUUCGUCUUCGUCUUCGUCUUCGUCUACGAAGAGUUAGGGUUUCCCCCCUUUUCUUUUCCUUGAAAGAACUAAAUGAGAAGGAGAGGGCCAUCAAGAGAAUUUUCUGAACUUAGAAGUUGUUCUGGGAAGAAAACUGUAGAAAGUUGCAAGGCUAAAAGGGAUGCUGAUAAAUUUGUGUUCAUUGAUCUUGAGUGUGAAGAUGUCAUCGACAUCGAUUAUCUUGAGUCUUUGCAGGCAAAGUCACGAGGUUCCAGUACAUUGAGAAAAGACAGAGAAUUGAAGUCUAGUAGUUUCAUAUAUAUAGAUGAUGAUGAAGAUAAUAUUGCAAGUCCUGUAAUCACUGUUGAGGAUGUUGGGGACCUCGAUAGUGAUGCCACCUCAAGCAAAAGUUCUUUUCUUGGUUCUAGGAAGAGUUCUGUAACCUCAGAUGGUGAUGAAUGUCGGGGUGUCCAGGAAAAGGUUUCUCCAGUAAAGGGGUCAAGGUGCAAGCAAACCCACUCUGGUGGAGCUCCUAGCAGGAAUUGUUAUGGUUUCGGUUUUGAAUCUGAGAGUUGUUCAUCUGAUAGUGAUUAUUCUGAUUGCGAGCUAAUAGAAGAUUCUCAUGGGAAGCUUCAUCAACAUUGGGAAAAAGUUUCCCAAAAGAGAAAACAUGUUGUUCAUAAUGGCCAGUCUGGUUCAGAUGGUCAAUUUAGUGGAUCUGGAUCUCAUAGUGAAACCCAUGCUAAUGCUGAGGCAGAGAAUAGGGCAGCACCUGGAGAUGUCCCUGUUUGUUCAAGUUCAAAAAAUGGAAAUUAUGAAAAGGAAAACCUUCCAGACUUUAUGGGUACUCAUGAUGGCAACACUGAGGGUAGUUCUUUGGAUCCCCAAAUGGAUGGUCCUUUUGUUGAAUCCAAUCAGAAUGCCGCUAAAGAAGAUCCUCUUAUUUAUGAGUGGCAGGGUUUCCAAACUGAUGGCAUGGCUGGUUUAUGGAAUGAAGGAGAACAAACUCCUGAAGAGCAUCCCUUGUCAUCAGAACUAGGUGGUAAACAGCCUAAACAUCCAGGGACUUGUUUUAUGGAUAACGGGCAAUUUGGGGGUGAAACCAAUGAUGAUCAAAGAAAAGCUACUGUUUUGAAUAAGGAAGAAUCUGUUGGCAAGAACCAACUUUGUGAUGAAAUGCCUAGUGACAACGAUAGAGUUGAACGAAGGGGCAAGGUUGAUGAAUUUCAUGAUGCUCCUUCUAGUUCUGAGGAAAAAGUUAAUGCAGUUUCUGGUCAACAAUUUGAUGAAAUGCAGAUGGAUAGUGGGCGUGCUCCUUCCGAAGACAAACUUGGCGCUGUUCAUAAAAAAACUUAUUCCCAGGAUAAAGCUAGUGCUAACUUUGAGGAAGUAUCUUUGGGCAACACCUCAUGUCAGGGAACUAGUUAUCAGGGGGGAUUUGAUUCACCAAGAGGGAAAGAAUCAUGUGAUUUGAGGGAUCGGUUACCUGCCGAGGAUGGCUAUGUGAGUCCUGUUCAAAGAGAUACAGCCAUUGUUGGAAGUGAUAUAAUCACUGAUCGAGAAAAGCACAAGGAGACUGCUGAAUACAAGCGAGCAAUAGAAGAAGAAAUGGAAUCCAGGAAGCGAGUCUUACAAAUUCAGGCAGAAGAGGCACAAAGAUUACGGAAAAGGAGAAAGGCAGAAAGCAUGCGUUUAUUGGAUAUGCAGAGAAGGCAAAAGCAACGUGUGGAAGAAGUAAGAGAGACGCAAAAGAAGGAUGAAGAAAAUUUAAAUUUGAAAGACCAACUUCGUGCUGAAGUAAGGAAGGAGCUUAAAAGAUUGGAAUUGACAUGCAUAGAUAUGGCUUCUUUGCUUCGUGGCUUAGGCAUACAAGUGGGGGCUGAUUUCCGUCCUUUGCCCAAUGAGGUGCAUGCAGCGUAUAAACGGGCACUGCUGAAAUUUCACCCAGACCGGGCAUCAAGAAGUGACAUACGCCAGCAAGUUGAAGCUGAGGAGAAGUUUAAGCUUAUAUCACGCAUGAAGGAAAAACUUCUACCGACUUCAUGCUACUGAAUACAUAGUUGUAAAUUUUCUUCAAAAUUGAUCAAUUUUCCAAUGGCAACAGAUUAGGGUUUUUUUUGGCUCCUGCCACAAGGUUUCUGAUUCCUCGUUUUGUAUCAGUUGUCAUUUUUUUUUCAACCUGAUUUUAGCAGGUAACGAAGAUCUAUAUUGUAAAUCAGUUGUAGUUUCUUGUAGGUGGCCGGAGAAACUAUUGUUUCAAAUGUGGAAAUACAAGUACCUCUGCUUUUGUAA